AUGCAAAGGCAAGUGGCACUCAUUAAGCAGUCCCUCUUUGAUCAGGGAUAUCUCGACGAACAAUUCAUGGAGUUGGAAGAGCUCCAAGAUGAUGCAAACCCUAAUUUUGUUGAAGAAGUUGCCGCAUUAUACUUCAAAGAUUCAGCUCGAUUAAUCAAUAACAUUGAUCAAGCUUUGGAAAGAGGAUCAUUUGAUUUCAAUCGUCUGGAUAGUUACAUGCAUCAGUUUAAGGGCAGUAGCACCAGCAUUGGUGCGAGUAAGGUGAAAACUGAGUGCACUAUGUUUAGGGAAUACUGCAGAGCUGGAAAUGCUGAAGGGUGCUUGAGGACUUUUCAGCAACUGAAGAAAGAACAUGCAACGUUGAGAAAGAAGCUUGAACAUUAUUUCCAGGCAAGCUAA